AUGCAUUCCACCGAGGCCUGGACACACAGCUGGGGUACGACGUCCUGGGACUAUUACUAUUCGGGCUCUGGCUCCCUGGAUCAAAUGGAGCUUUGCCCAGCCUGGGACCUGCCCUACAGCCACGCCAUCAUCCCUGCGCUCUACCUGGCGGCCUUCGCUGUGGGCAUGCCCGGCAAUGCCUUCGUGGUGUGGCUGCUGAUCAGGCAGCAGGGACCGCGGCGGCUGGUGGACACCUUCGUGCUGCACCUGGCGACCGCCGACCUGGGCUUCGUACUCAUGCUGCCACUGUGGGCCGCGGCGGAGGCCAAAGGCGGCCUCUGGCCCUUCGGCGACGGCCUGUGCAAACUCAGCAGCUUCGCGCUGGCGGCCACGCGCUGCGCGGGCGCGCUGCUGCUGGCGGGCAUGAGCGUGGACCGCUACCUGGCCGUGGGCCGGCCGCUGAGAGCGCGGCCGCUGCGGAGCCCGCGCUGUGUGCGAGCCGCGUGCUGCGGCGCCUGGGCUGCAGCGUUCCUGGCCGGUCUGCCGGCCUUGCUGUACCGCCGGCUGCAGCCGAGCCCCGACGGCGUGGGCAGCCAGUGUGCCGAGGAGCCAUCGGAUGCGCUCCAGGGCCUCAGUUUGCUGCUCUUGCUGCUGACCUGCGCGCUGCCGCUGGCUGUCACCCUGGUCUUCUAUUGCCGAGUGUCGCGCCGCCUGCGGCGCGUGGGGAGGGCCCGGAGCAAUUCGCUGCGCAUCAUCUUCGCUGUGGAGAGCGUCUUCGUGGGCUCCUGGCUGCCCUUCGGCAUCCUGCGCACCGUCUUCCACCUGGCGCGCCUCCGAGCUCUGCCGCUGCCCUGCGCGCUGCUGCUGGCGCUGCGCUGGGGUCUGUCUAUCGCCACCUGCCUGGCUUUCGUCAACAGCUGUGCGAACCCUAUCAUCUACCUCCUGCUGGACCGCUCGUUCCGAGCCCGGGCCCGGUUCGGGGUGUGCACGCGCGCCGGGCGCCAGGUGCAAAAGAUCAGCUCGGCGUCCUCGCUCUCCAGGGACGACAGCUCGGUUUUCUGGGGUCGGUCCCCAAAGGCGAGCUCUGCCUCGUCCUGGUAG